AUGCAGAACAGUCCAAACACUGUGUGGACAUGGAGUGUGGAGCUGGGGUGUGAGCGUGAGCGUAGUGAGAUGCUGUUUGUGUAAAUGUGGUCUUUGUGUGCCAGCAGUUCCUGUUUGAUGGUAAAUACCUGCUCUGUGUAGGCCACUGGUCUCCCAGCCCAAACCAAACACUGUGGUGGACGCCGGGUCUGGGGCUGGGCUGUGGGCUCUGGGUGGAUGGGUGGAUUCAGUCCACUGGGUAGCUGCCAGACACCCGUGAUGGACUGGGAUUCCUCAAUGAAAUGUGGCUGGAGUGUUUAUAUGGUCACUUCUUCUCAGAGAGAGAGAGAGAGAGAGAGAGAGAGAGAGAGAGAGACUAUACAUUAGUCUGGUAUGGUAGUUUCAUACUUUCCAUGCAUAACGGGAGGUUCCAGUGUGAAGUUCCUGGAAAGAAAAGGGAAGAAAUAUGGGAAUGUGACUGACUGAGUAGCUUACUGUAACUACAUUUAUGACCUUCCUCACUUGAGACCGCACUUUACACCUAGCUUAAUUGGGGUAUGUCUCAAGAAAACAAACACUUUAGCUGGGUGACAGCAGUACAGUACAAAUGUUUGGGAACCACUGCUCUAGAGUCAUUGACGGACAUGACUUUCCUCUGAAACCCAAUAAGCUGACCCUGGUUUCUCCUCUGUUCUGUUCCAGGUUACCUGCAGGAGGCCUACCUGUGGACCAAGCAGGUCCUGGCCAUCAUGGAGAAGUCAAUGGUGCUGCUGCAGGACGUGACGGACGGCUCGCUGUAUGAGGGCGUGGCCUACGGGACAUACACCACCCGCUCCCUUUUCCAGUACAUGUUCCUGGUGCAGAGACACUUCUCCAUCAGCCACUUCGGCCACCCCUGGCUCCACAAACACUUUGCCUUCAUGUACAGGACCAUCCUGCCAGGUAAUACAGCUGUUAUAGAUGUUGUGUGUGUGCCAUUCAAUUCAAUAUAACUUAAUUUCUCCUCUUAAUGGUGUGUUACCUAAAUGUUUCCCUUUGAAGAAGUUGCUUGGUUCGAUCGACUGUGCAUUUAGUCUAGAUGUCACGUGAUAGAUUCAAAGGUGAUAUAGAUACUGUAUAGGUAGCAAGACAGGCUAUUUUGAAAGGAAAUACAGUGGAAGUUAUCAAUGUGUAAAUAAGUGUUCAUAAAUGCCUUAGCGAACCUCUGAGGCACUUCUUGGCAACAUUAAUUACCCAAGUUAUAAGUAGAUUAGGCAUGAAAACCCCCUGGGUGCAUUACCCCCAUGUUAGAGAGUAUGACUACUUGUUUGUCCUGAUAUGGAUUAUGCAUGCGUUACCUUCCUGGGGGCCUGUCGGAGCUGUGCUGAUCCAGCCCCCCAUCUCCCCUCUUCCCUCUUCCCUUGUCUCCUCUGCUCUCCUGUCCUGGCUGAUGGUCAGGGGGAGGGCAGUGCUGGAGGAGGGGCCCUCAGGUCUGGACAUUUUAGAGCCCCCUGCCAACACUCUCUGUAUUGUGACUGGGGCUGGGUGCCACUGCUGCAUUCAGAGAGCAGCUCUUAAUUGCAGCAGCCAGGAGAAAGCUGGACUCACUACCCACAAUGCCAGCUUUCUCUCUCCCAGAUAAUCCUGCCUAACUGCCUUCUGACUGACUGCACUGCACUUACUGACCCUGCACAGUCAGGUCCAUAAUUAUUGGCACCCUUGAUAAAGAUGAGUAAAAAAGACUGUAUAAAGUAAAUAAUACAAAUACUGAGCUAUGUUGUAUGCCAAAGAGCUCUAUUUUCAUGUCAUCUGACCAUAGCGCCGGUUCCAAUCCAAGUGCCAAUGCCGUUUAUCAAACUCCAGGCGUUGCUAUGGUCAGAUUACAUGAAAAUAGAGCUCUUUGGCCACGCACACCAGUGGUGGGUUUGGCAUCGGAAAACGGAAGCAUAUGCAGAAAAGUACCUCAUACCAACAGUAAAAAUAUCUUUGAUGUUAUGGGGCUAUUUUGCUUCCACUGGAACUGUGGCCCUUGUUAAGGUCAACGGCAUUAUGAACUUUACCAAGUACCAGGAAAUCUUAGCCAAAAACAUGGUUGCCUCUGCCAGGAGGCUAACACUUGGCCUCAAGUGGAUCUUCCAGCAAGUAAAUAGCCCCAAGCACACGUCAAAAUCCACAAAGAAAUGGUUAAUUGACCACAAAAUCAACAUUUUGCAAUGGCCAUCUCGGUCUCCUCACUUGAACCCCAUUGAAAACCUGUUGUUUGAAUUGAAAGGGAAAAGGAAAGGGGGAUACCUAGUCAGUUGUACAACUGAAUGCAUUCAACUGAAAUGUGUGUGAAGAGGGCAGUCCAUAAGCGUAGAUGAAGGAUAUCAAGGAUCUGGAAAGAUUCUGUAUGGAGGAAUGGUCUGAGAUCCCUCCCAAUGUGUUCUCCAAUCUCAUAAAAAAAUUGUUUUCUUCCAAUCUCAUAAAAAAAAGCUCAGUGUCGUUAUCUUCGCAAGGGUAGGGUGUUGGAGUAUUGAAAACAGGGGUGCCAAUAAUUUAGAUCCCUAUCCUUUUUAGAAUUUGUUUUAUUACUUGUUAAACAAAAUCUCUUUCUCUGAGCAAUUGUAUUAGUAUAAAAUAUACUUUCCCCAUUUUAUUGGCAUACAAUAUAGCUCAGUAUUUGUAUUAUUUAUUUUAUACAGUCUUUUUUGCUCAUCUUUCUCAAGGGAUCCAAUAAAUCCGGACCCCACUGUAUGUCUGUGUGUUCAAAUGAUGGGGGUUGUUGUUGUUCCGAUAGGUUAGACUGUAAACAGGAGCCAUGUUUUAAAUGUAUCUUGUGUUGGACUUACAAAGCUAGACCUUGAAAAAAUGAAAUCACCUCAGUGUUCCUGCAUACAGACCCCACAUCAUUUGCAUUGGGCAUUUGUUUGUCCAAGGUCUAGUUUUGCAUCACAGCAGGAAUGUUGUAAACAGACAGUUUUUACGAAGUGGAAACACAUAUUGUCAUUCCGCUUGUGCAUUGAUUUUGGUUAUUGCUGUUAUUGUUUUUGGCUUACAUGUGAUUUACUGUGGUUAAAUAUUUACUACCGGUUGCUAGGUUUUAAGAUCCCUUUUGGCACCAAACUGCCAUUAUUUUCCUUAGAUCAUGAGAGUGAGACAAAUUAAUGUGAACCGUGUGUGUUGGGGAAAUGGCUUCAGCAAUAAAGCUAGGGAGCUGCGAUCUCAACAGGGCCUGUAGAUUGGCUCAUUUCUUUAUGUUAAGGACAUGGCAUGCAUGCAUGUAAAAGCUUUUGUUACCUAUUCUGUAAAAAAAGGAAAGAAAUUAAUAAUUACUUUGUAGCCUAUGUAUUACUAUGCAUUCCAUCAAAUAGAAAGCUAUGUUGUUUGUACAUCUGAACUGAGGAGACUAAAUUACUUGGCGUUACCUUAGAUUGUAAACUAUCAUGGUCAAAACAUAUAGAUUCAAUGGUUGUAAAGAUGGGGAGAGGACUGUCCGUAAUAAAGAGAUGGCACCACACUCCAAAAAGCAAGUUCCGCAGGCUCUAGUUUUGUCUAAUCUUGAUUAUUGUCCAGACAUGUGGUCCAGUGCUGCAAGGAAAUACCUAGUUAAGCUGCAGCUGACCCAAAACAGAGCGGCACAUCUUGCUCUUCAUUGUAAUCAGAGGGCUGAUAUAAAAACUUUGCAUGCCAGUCUCUCUUGGCUAAGAGUUGAGGAGAGACUGACUGCAUCACUUCUUCUUUUUAUAAGAAACAUUCAUGUGUUGAAAAUCCCAAAUUGUUUGCAUAGUCAACUUACACACAGCUCUGACACACACUUACCCCACCAGACAUGCCACCAGGGGUCUUUUCACAGUCCCCAAAUCCAGAACAAAUUCAAGAAAGCGUACAGUAUCAUAUAGAGCCAUUAUUGCAUGGAACUCCGUUCCAUCUCAUAUUGCUCAAAUAAACAGCAAACCUGAUUUCAAUAAACAGAUAAAGCAACACCUCAUGGCACAACGCCUCUCCCCUAUUUGACCUAGAUAGUUUGUGUGUAUGUAUUGAUAUGUAGGCUACGUGAGCCUUUAAAAAAAUGUUAUGUAGUUCUGUCCUUGAACUGUUCUUGUCUAUUAAUGUUCUAUAUUAUGUCAUGUUUCAUGUUUUGUGUGGACCCCAGGAAGAGUAGCUGCUGCUUUUGCAACAGCUAAUGGGGAUCUUAAUAAAAGACCAAAUACCAAAUACCAAACUGGACCUUGGACAGUAUGUAGCUGUCACUUCAUAUUUGUCAGAGUUUUAUGAUAAUAACAUUCAAUAUUCCUCUAACAAACCAGUAUGAAAGGCCACUAUUGAAUUUGCCUUCUCCUAUAUUUUAACUGUAAAAUAAUCCAUAUGGAUCUUUUGCCCUUGCCUGUUCCAUCUCACCAGGGUUCCAGAGGACUGUAGCCAUAGCAGAUUCCAACUACAACUGGUUCUACGGGCCCGAGAGCCAGCUGGUGUUCCUGGAUCGCUAUGUGAUGAGGAACGGCAGUGGGAACUGGCUGGCUGAGCUGAUCCAUCAGAACCGGGUGUUGGAGGGGCCGGGACAGGCCGGGAAGGGACAAAGAUGGUGCACACUGCACACAGAGUUCCUCUGGUGAGAAUCUCUCUCUCUCUCUCUCUCUCUCUCUCUCUCUCUCUCUCUCUCUCUCUCUCUCUCUCUCUCUCUCUCUCGCUCUCUCUCUCUCUCUCUCUCUCUCUCUUUGUCUCUUUGUCUCUCGCUCUUUCUCUCUCUAUUGAUUUAAGUGUACUGUUAUACACUGAGUGUACAAACAUUAGGAACACAUGCUCUUUCCAUGAUAUAAACUGACCAGGUGAAUCCAGGUGAAAGCUAUGAUCCCUUAUUGAUGUCACUUGUUAAAUCCACUUCAAGUCAGUGCAGAUGAAGGAGAAGAAACAUGUCAAACAAGGAUUUUUAAGCCUUGAGACAAUUGAGAUAUGGAUUGUGUAUGUGUGCCAUUCAGAGGGUGAAUGGGCAAGACAAAAUAUUUAAAUACCUUUGAACUGGGUAUGGUAGUAGGUGCCAGGUGCACUGGUUUGAGUGUGUCAAGAACUGCAACGCUGCUGGGUUUUUCAGCCUCAACAGUUUCCUGUGUGUAUCAAGAAUGGUCCACCACCCAAAGGACAUCCAGCCAACUUGACACAACUGUGGGAAGCAUUGGAGUCAACAUGGGCCAGCAUCCCUGUGGGACGCUUUCGAUACCUUUUAUAGUCCAUGCCCCAACGAAUUGAGGCUGAGGUCAAAAGGGGGUGCAACUCAAUAUUAGGAAGGUGUUCCUAAUGUUUUGUACAUAUAUGCUGUAUUGUAUGGAUUUACAUGUUAUUAUCAUACUGAUUUACUCAAUUAUUACUCAAUUCAUUUGUUGUUGUUUUAUUUCCAUUCUGCAGGUAUGAUCCCAGCCUGACUCCCAGGGCUCCUGCAGAUUUUGGUACAUCCCAACUCCACUACUUUGAGGACUGGGGGGUCGUCACGUAUGGAAGUGCUCUACCCGCAGACACCAACCACACCUUCCUCUCCUUUAAGUCGGGGAAGCUGGGUGGACGGGCCAUAUUUGACAUCGUUCACAGGAACAAGUACAAAGACUGGAUCAAAGGGUGGCGGAACUUUAACGCUGGCCACGAGCACCCUGACCAGAACAGCUUUACGUUCGCCCCUAACGGUGUUCCUUUUAUCACAGAGGCUCUGUACGGGCCCAAGUACACCUUCCUCAACAACGCAGUGCUGUUCUCCCCGGCUACCUCAGGAAGCUGCUUCAAGCCAUGGGACGGCCAGGUCACAGAGGCCUGCGACUCCAAGUGGCUGAAGUACAAGGUGGGGCUGCCGGCAGACGCCCAGGGCAGGGUGGAGGCGGCUCUGGAAAGGCAGGGCAUGGUGUUCAUCCGUGGGGAGGGCCAGUCGGCCUACAACCCUGACCUGAAGAUCAGGAGCUUCCAGAGGAACCUGCUGCUCCUGCACCCUCAGCUGCUGGUCCUAGUGGAUCAUAUCCAUCUGGAGACAGACAGCCCAACCAGGGCCAUGAGCGCCUUCUUCCACAACACAGACCUGCCCUUUAAGGACGCCAAAAUAGACGGUGUGCACGGAGCCUUUGUCAGACAUGGGGAAGACCCAUAUAAAAUGUUUUGGAUGGAUGACACAGGCUUAAGUGAGAAAGGGGUCUUGGGGUACUGGAACUAUCCCCGUGGGUACCCCUAUAACGGCUCUAACUAUGUGAAUGUGACAAUGCCACUGAGGUUUCCCCAUACCAGGGUGGCCUACAUCUUCUUUGGGCCAGGGGUGGACGUGCAGAGCUUUAGUCUGCGUGGCGAUGCUAAUAGGGUGAACAUUUACUUGGCCACCAACGAGCACACCUACACCAUCUACCUGCUGACUGGGGAGGUGACCACCAAGCCUCUGUUCGCCAUGGUGCUGGUGGACCAGAAGAAAAUAGUAUUUGAGAAAGCAGCAGGAGUGAAGAACAGCACACCGGAGGAGGUAGAGGAGUAUGUCAAUGUAGUAGAGGACAACCUCCAGCACGCAAAGCCUGUUUUCCAGCAGCUGGAGAGACACAUCCUGGGCCGGGUGCUCAACACGGCCAGCUUCCGCAAGACGGCCGAGCGUCUCCUCCAGUUCUCUGACAAGAAGAAGACGGAGGAGGCCAUUGAGAAAAUGUUUGCUCUGAAUAAGAAACAGGGCAAGGGCAAGGGGGCCAAUAAAGCCUUGGGGAACCUUGGGGACAAGCUCUCAGAGAGCCUGCCGGACAUCUUUGGACAGAUCGAGGUAAGGGAGAAGAAGGAGAGAUCAAAGAGCACAAAGAGGAUUAUUGAGGAGAGCCCCGAGGAAGAUGGAGACUCCAGGGCCUUUAUGGAUUAUGGAGACUCCAAAAAAGGCAGGAAAGGCGGCUUUGUGAAGGGUCGCCAGUUCAAGGAGGUCCACAUGUUGGCAACAGCCAACAGUGACAGUCUGUCGAACUCAUCCUCUUAUAUUAGAGUAUUCCUCAUAUUAAACAUAGCCACCUUCUUCUUGCUACUGGCUGUGUUAUUGACACGCUUCCAGAGAGGCAGAAGUCUGCACACCAAGAGGUGUUUCUAUGGCAUUCUCCUCAUCGACAGCUUCAUCUUACUCUGCCUCUACUCCUCCUGCUCUCAUGCACAGUGUUGA